AUGUUUUCGUGUUUUCAUGAUCAGGCGUCUUCGCCCUUUGAUAGUUGUUCACAUUCCAGAUCAACUCUUCGGUUAUACUACCAAAAUGUGAGAGGUUUGCGCACCAAAAUCGACGAACUUUUUCUGGCAGUUUCGGAUCCUGAGUACGACGUUAUAGUGCUCACUGAGACGUGGUUGAAUGACGAAAUCACAUCGGUGCAGCUAUUUGGUCAUCAUUAUAACGUUUAUCGUCGUGAUCGUGACCCUACUAUCACUGGUCUAAGAAGAGGUGGCGGUGUUCUUGUUGCUGUUUCCAACCGUUUUACAUCCUUCCCUGUCACCGUUGUUAACGAAACCGAACUGAACGUCGAGCAUUUGUGGGUGGCUAUUGAGACUAACCAGAGAAAGAUCUAUAUUGGCGUUGUUUACCUCAGUCCAGACGAUGCUAGCGAUCCUUCAAUUUUGGAUUCCCAUCUGAACUCAGCGGCCGCGAUAGCGGAUUCUUUACGACCCAACGAUCAGCACAUCCUGCUCGGCGAUUAUAAUCAACCUCUACUCAGUUGGAUAAAAAAUUCCGCAAAUUUUGCCUAUCCAGACCCCGCGAUUUCAUCAUUUACAACUUGCUCUUCCGCCCUAUUAGACGGGAUGGAUCUUUUGGGUAAUCGGCAGAUGAACCUUGUCACCAACUCUCGUGGCCGCAUCCUUGACUUGGUUUUUAUCAAUGAAUUCGCUGCAGAAAGUUGCAGCGUUUCGACCGCCAUGGAACCAUUGAUAGAAGCAGAUCUUCAUCACCCACCGUUAUUGAUUGCGUCAACCUACACUGGAACCACACCGUUUGAUAGCGCAACUGACACAUGUUCAUUGAAUUUUUAUAGAGCUGAUUUUGCACAAAUAUCCCAAAUAUUGUUAUGCACCAACUGGUCGUUCAUCGAGAAUGUCACUGACGUAGAUCAGGCUGUGGACUUUUUUACCUCUACGUUACACGAGUCAUUUCGAGAUCACGUCCCAUUGAAGCGUCCUCUACGUAAACCACCUUGGUCUGAUGCACAUUUGCGUACGCUGAAACGCAGAAGAGCUGCUGCUAUAAGACGCUUGUCGCGUGAUAAAAAUCCAUUCAAUAAACGCAGGUUUGGUAUUGCAAGCAAUGAGUACAAACGCUACAAUCGACUCCGAUACUCACAACACGUUGAGCGCAUGCAAAUUAUGUUGAAGCACAACCCGAAACGUUUUUGGUCUUUUGUCAACGAGAAGCGAAAGGAAACCGGGUUCCCAUCGGAGAUGUUUUUAGGCGAGCAUAAAUCGUCUAGUUUGGAACAGACGUGUAAUCUUUUUGCUGAACAUUUCGCCAGCGUUUUCAGUACUUCGCAUGCCUCGUCUACUAAAAUCGCAAGAGCCCUGCGGUACGUUCCUAGCAACAUGCUCAAUCUAACGGGAAUUAUUUUCUCGGAGGAUGAAGUUAAAGCAGCGAUAUCAAAGCUAAAACCGUCUUCAGCUGUAGGACCUGAUGGAAUUCCGUCUAAUAUUUUGAAAAAUUGUGUUGAGGCUAUGUUGAAGCCACUGUCAGCUAUCUUCAACCUGUCCAUUCGCACUGGUUAA